UCAUCUUCAUGAAACAACAAUAAACCUCUUAGUAUUAAAACAGAGCAACACUAGAAAGAAACUAAGCUCUGUUUCUAAGAAAAAGCUUCUUCUAUAAAUCUCUUAUCAUUUCCAUAUUAUUAUUUCAACCAUGUCUAUGGUGACCCCAAAAAUUCAUGCAGCCAUACUAGCCAGUCCUGGAAUGGGACACAUAAUUCCAACCAUGGAAUUAGCCAAACGUCUUACCACUCACCAUGGUUUCGACGUCACCGUCUUCUUCGUCACCACCGAUUCAGACACAACAACUACGUCAAAAAUACUUGAACUAACAUCCAACCUCAAUGGCAUCAACGUCAUUAUAACACCUCCGGUCGAUGUUUCCGACAAACUUGAUCCAAACAACCCAUCGUUGGGUUUAACAAUUGUUUUAACUAUGAUUGAAUCUCUUCCUUUUAUUCAAUCUCAAUUAUUAUCCAUGAAAUUUCCUCCAUCAGUUCUUAUUGUGGAUCUCUUUAGUACAAUGGCUUUACCUAUGGCACGUGAUCUCCACAUGUCUAGUUAUGUUUUCCUUGCUACCAAUGCUUGGUUCUCUGCUGUUAGUAUUUAUCUUCCUUUCCUCACAAAGGAAGCAUUUUCAAGACACGCUAAUAAUCACGAACCACUUUUGAUUCCGGGUUGUGAACCGAUUCGGUUUGAGGAUACACUCGAACCGUUUGUUUCCCCGUGGGGGCCUAGUCAUGAAAGUUUCCUUGAAGCCGGAAAGGAGAUAUUGUCUGUUGAUGGAAUUCUGAUGAACACAUGGCAAGAUUUAGAGCCGGUAUCUAUUAAGGCUCUUACAAAAAAUGGAAUUAUAGGACGAUUAUUUUCUAAAGGAACGGUUUAUCCGAUUGGACCGCUUGUACGACCCGUUGAACCAGCGGAGAAGAGGGAGGGUGAGAAAGUAAUUUUAAGGUGGCUUGACCAGCAACCAGAUGAGUCGGUGAUAUAUUUGUCGUUUGGGAGUGGUGGGACGAUGUCAAAAGGUCAAAUGAGAGAAUUGGCUUACGGGCUAGAGUUGAGUCAGCAGAGGUUUAUUUGGGUAGUGCGACAACCCAUAGAGGACGAUGCAUUUGCGACAUUUUUCGACACAGCGAAGGGUGGCAAUGCAUCAACAUUGGUGGAUUACUUACCAGAAGGGUUUGUGAAUCGGACAAAGGAGGUGGGGAUUUGUGUUCCCAUGUGGGCCCCACAAGCUGAGAUUUUAAAACAUCCAGCAACUGGUGGUUUUGUAACACACUGUGGUUGGAAUUCUGUGUUGGAGAGUAUCCUUAGCGGUGUUCCGAUGGUUGCGUGGCCGCUUUAUGCCGAGCAGAAGAUGAAUGCUACGUUGUUGUCAGAGGAGCUUGGGGUGGCGGUGAGGGUGAAGGCGGAUGGAGAAAUCAUUUCUAGGGAACAAAUAGCAAAGUUGAUUAGAAGAGUGAUGGUGGAUGAAGGUGAUAUAGGCAUGAGGGUUAAAGUUAAGGAGUAUAAGCUAAGCGGAGAGAAAGCUAUUUCUGUGUUCGGUUCAUCUCACGAGUCGCUUUGUCAGAUUACGAAAGACUGUGAAAUUCUUCUCCACCAGAGUUUUGAGGGGAAAGGUUGCGGUGCUUAGACAAUAAAUAAGACAUUUUUUUACCACAUGAAAUGUAUUUACAUAGUUUUUUCUUUUGUAUUUUUCUUUUUGCGUUAAAACCUUAUGGUUCUCAAGAGGAAGGAGUCUGUGAAUCUAGAUGUCAGCCGCUAAGUAAUAAAGUCUAGCCAAUAAUUAUUCCUAUCAUAAAUUGAACUUAAAUUCUUCUGAACGAUUCGUUUUAGGAAGAGUUCAUUAAACACUUGAAUUCAAUAUCUUAGUAAUUUAAUUAGUUACUAUGUAAUCAAUAAAAUGUGGAGUUUUAUUUUUA